UUCUCUCUCUGAAUACAAACCCACCGGGCUCCAUGGGUAACAGCUACAGCUUUACAGGGCUAAACCGAGCCGUUCGCAAUGUGUUAACAAAGAAGGCCAGGAGAAUUUCUCACGAGACGAUUGGGACAUGUCAGAAAGUUCCUCAGGUGUGAACACUCUGAGUGGCAGUUUUCCCAAAUCCCACUCGUCCCAGUGCUCUGAUCUCGGUGUUACAGGCACACCUCUCUCUGUGGACUAUAGUCCUGAUUCUGGACUAGUAUCUACACCUCUUCCAUCAAAUCGGUGCCGGUUCGUGUCGUGGCAUCGCCUGGAGCAGUGUAACGUCACAGGCGACCAGCUGACCUGCCCCAGGGUCAGAGAAGGGCCACCAGAAGAGGAGCUGUUUCAAAGAGAGGGGGAUGAUGUGUGUUUGGAGAGAGGACGGUGGAGGAGGAGGAGAGAGGAGGAAGGACAGAGAUGGGAGGAGAGACUGCAGGAAAAUUGGGAAAACUGCCUGGAGUUAAACCUGUCUUACCAGGAUUUGGGUGAUCCCUUCCAGGAAGAAAAUUUCCUCCGGAUCCUUCGCCGGUUGAUCCGCGUGGAGAAACUUCAGCUGGUUGACAACUCUCUCACCAACCUGAGCUCUGUACGUCUGCCAAGGUGCAGAAUACUAAACCUGCACCAUAACCACCUGGUGUGUCUGCGUCAGCUGCCAAAGCUCCCAGCAGUGGAGCACCUUUGCCUGUCUGAGAACGCCAUCGGCUCCCUGGGGGGACUGGGAGCUCUGGAGAACAGCCCGCUGCGCUCCCUUAACCUGAGCCGCAACCCAGUCACCUUCACUCAGGACUACCGUGCACGUGUUUUCUCCUGUUUGCCAAAGCUCGAGGUCCUGGAUGGAAUCCCCAAGUUGCCAGAAGACUCUUCGCCCAUCAGACUGCAGUUCCCAGAAACCACCAGGAUCUGCAACAUUUUGUGACAUUCCUCCAUGGAUGGAUGUGCACCGACUCAGAUCUCCCAGUCCCAUUUACAGCCCUUUCCAAAGCAAUGGCAAGGCUUCAGCAAAGUCCUCCACACUUUGAAACUGCACUGAGGGUUUCACUGAUCUCUUCAGAGGAAAGCCAACUGGUAUUCAGUUAUUUACACAAACUGUGUCACAACUGUUGCCCAAAGUCAUGUUUUAGGCCACACUGAAAAUGCCGUCAG